UUUGCAUUGAUAUCCCGAUAUCUUGGGCAGUAUGAUGGACACUAAUGCGCAAACUCGGGAUCCAAAUAUCAAAUCGAUAUUCAUCCGUAUCGUGCCUAAAUUAGUCGAUAAAGUAUCGUUUUGCUUAGUAUUUCAAAAUGGCGUUCAUUGCACGUGGAGAAGAAAAGGUAAUAAAAGUUCGUGAUGGACAUUCCGUGGUAUUUUGUGGACAAUUUGAUGAUGCAGAAGAAGAUAAUACAGAAACACCUCAAAGUGUARAACUUCUUGACCUAAAUGUCCCGAAAGAAAGCGCAGAGAGCGAGAAAAAAGCGAUCGAAUCGUCAUCAUCUGAUGAGGGCGAAGAAACACUAGAGGACAGUGAUGAAGACCAUUGGGAUUGGGAGGAUGAAACUGGAGAUUUUACCAAAAGAUACAAUGCAAGCCGUUCACAUAUUAUGCCAUCAAACUCCUCAGCCACUAGGAAGUCUUUACUCCAACCUCAUGAGAAGUCUUUACAGAAAUUCGGUAAUCGAAUUUCCGUAGAAAAAUACGAAGGGCCCAGAAACCUUUCUAAUGCUGCAGUUAAUGUUUUGAAAGAAUCUUCAAGGAAAAACCAGAAUGUGAAGAUAAGAUCCAAAGAUAAGGCUGAUAGGGCUACUGUAGAGCAAGUGCUAGACCCAAGGACGAGAAUGAUUAUUUUCAAGCUUUUGAACAGGGGAUUUAUUUCCGAGAUAAAUGGAUGCAUUAGCACUGGAAAAGAAGCUAAUGUCUACCAUGCUACCACCAACAUUGAGCACGAAGACCGAGCUGUCAAGGUGUACAAGACGUCUAUCUUGAUCUUUAAGGAUAGGGACAAGUAUGUAACAGGAGAGUUUCGUUUCAGACACGGCUACUGUAAGCACAAUCCCAGAAAGAUGGUCAGAACAUGGGCUGAGAAGGAAAUGAGAAACUUGAUCCGACUUCAUCAAGCUGGCAUACCUUGUCCAGAACCUAUCAUUCUAAGAAGUCAUGUGCUGGUCAUGGAGUUCAUCGGUACAGGAGGGUGGCCUGCACCCCUGCUGAAAGACGUAGAACUGUCUGAAUCCAAGGCAAGAGAGUUGUACUUACAGUGUGUACAAAUAGUGAGAAACAUAUAUCAGAAGAGUCUUCUUGUGCAUGCAGAUUUGAGUGAGUUCAAUAUUCUUUAUCACAAGGGUGGGAUCUAUGUGAUUGACGUAUCCCAGGCAGUUGAACAUGAUCAUCCACAUGCUUUGGAAUUCUUGAGAAAAGACUGUAGUAAUGUUACGGAAUUCUUCAAGAAAAAAGGUGUUUGUGUGAUGACUGUUCGUGAGCUGUUUGAUUUUGUUACUGAUCCAAGUAUAACGGAUGAGAAUGUGAAUAAAUAUCUUGAUAAAGCACAAGAAAUUGCAGCAAAUCGUGUUGACGAUGCUUCUGAUCAAUUAGAAGAAGAAGUCUUUAAGCAUGCCUAUAUACCCAGAACACUGAACGAAGUUGUAGAUUUUGAGGAAGAUAUGAAAAAAGCAAAGGAGGGGAAAACAGAGGAAUUAAUGUACCAGAAGGUUAUUGGUAUGAAGUCUGAUCUUACUGGUGCCCUACUGAUACCACAGCUACUCCAAAAUGGCUUAGAAUCAGAUAUGAAAAAUAAUCUAUCAAUUGAUGACAAAGCAGAGAAGGAAAUUAUUGAUGAAAACCAUGGUUAUUCAGCAAGUGACAGUGAUGAUGAUAGUGAGAAGAGCAGUGAAAGUAAACAAGAAGAAAAAGUAGAACUAAGCAAGAAAGAGCAUAAGAAAAUGGUCAAAGAAGCUAACCGUGAAAAAAGAAUGAAUAAAACUCCAAAACAUGUAAAAAAGAGAAAAGAGAGGCUAGCUAAAAUGAAGAAAGGAAAGAAAUAAGAUAAUCAAUUUAAUAAUGAGUGUCUCCUAAAAAGUCCUCAAGUUAUCUAUGAGUCAUCGUAUGUGUAGUGUAUUUUCACAUACUUAUACUAUACUAUAAUCCCAUGCAUAAUAUUA